AUGGCAAUCAAUAACUCCUCAAGGACUAAAAUCCUUUUCAUCGCCAUCAUUUCCUUCCUAAUUUUGUCACAGGAUGUAAACUCAGCUUCAUUCACAAUCUCUGAAUUUGAGCCUUACCAAAACAACAUUAAACUGGAAGGCAAUGCCUUCAUUUCAAAUGACUCCGUCUAUCUCACAGGUCUCGUCCCAAAAAGCGCUGGUAGAGCCUCUUAUACCGGACCAGUGCAUCUUUGGAAUGCAGAAAACGGUCACCUAGCAGCCUUCACUUCCGUCUUCUCUUUCGUAGUUGCACCAAACGGCCCUGGACUCUUGGGAGACGGAAUCGCAUUCUUCGUUGCACCGUUCAGUUCCCACAUUCCGAAAAAUUCAAGUGGUGGAUUCCUUGGACUAUUCGACUCCAAAACAGCUUUGAAUUCGUACCAAAAUCAAAUUGUUGCGGUUGAAUUUGAUUCCUUUGGUGGGAAUCCUUGGGAUCCUGUUUAUUCUCAUAUCGGCAUUGAUGUGAACUCUAUUGCUUCUGUAACAACAGCUUCGUGGAACACUAGUGUUGCGAAGGGUUUCAUUGCAAUUGCUGUUGUAAAUUAUGAACCUGUGACGAAAAAUUUAAGCGUUGUUGUAACAUCACCCGGAAGCUAUGGUGCGAAUGGAAUUUCAAGUAGUGUGUCUUUUUUGAUUGAUUUGAGGACCGUGUUACCUGAAUGGGUUAGAAUUGGAUUCUCUGGUGCCACUGGACAGUUAGUUGAAUUGCACAAGAUUCUUUCUUGGAGUUUUAAUUCCAGUUUCUACUAA